UCGCCGAUCUAAAGACCCACAGCCGAGUAACACGCCUUCUGCCAGCGAGCGAGUUGUCGACCAAGCUGAAACUUCGGACGUCGGCGCAGAUAGAGUGAGAAAUAUUUCAGCCGGUUUAGAAGGGCAGCAUGUCUGCUCGAAGUGUGGAUUUUUUUGUACCACGUUCAGCUUGUUUGCACAACAUACGAGAACUGUACAUAAUGGCACUGUGACUUCAUUUGUCUGCAGCAUGUGUGGAAGUAAUUAUUUCUUUCUGAAACAUUAUCAGGAGCACCACAGAAGAUGUAAGAUUAAACAUUCGGAAAGUAAUAAGCCACGGAAAGCAGUUCAUUCAGAUGGUGAAAUAAUUGAUCGUGAUCCAGUAUGUGAUCCAGUAUGAUGUUGGGCCUGUGCCGGCGACUAGAAGGUCGACAUAGGUGUCCGAAAACAUGCAUUGACGACGUCGUUCAAGAAGUAAGCAAUAUGUUUGCCGUAGCUGAAUUUCCCAUAGACACAGCUAAUAUUAAAACAGACAGGCUUCGGAAGCGUUGCUACGAGAACGCUGGCAUAUACGUGCCUUAAACUGAAGUGUAGCUCGAAGGAACAAAAAAAGCAUACAUUGUAAAACUUGAGAAUCUUCUAGCCAAUCUUUUGAAGCACCCGGAGAUUGUCACCCACGUGAGAAACCUUCGUCAAAGCAAGCAUAAUUCUUUACUCCAAGACUUUUGUGAUGGUAGUAGAUUUCGUUCCCACCCAAUUUUUCAGAAGCAAAAUAAUAUUAUCCUGCUUAGCCUCUACUACGACGACAUUGAAUUAGCGAAUCCUAUUGGUAUGAAGAGAGGAAGCCGAGGAAAACUUAGUAUGUUCUACUUAUCGCUUCUAUAUCUCCCACCUCAUGAACGCUCCAAGCUAAGCAACAUAUUUUUGCUAGGAGUUGGCUACACUUCCCAUUUCAAACAACACACAGCACGUCUGGAAUUUUUUGAUAAUUUCACGACAGUGCUAAAGGCUCUAAGCACUGAAGGGAUGAACGUUCGCACAAACCGGGGCACGGAAAAGUUUUUUGGUGCUCUCAUGACCUUGACAGGCGACGCUCUGGCUGUCCAUUCAUUAGCUGGUUUUAAGGAAUCGUUUGGCCAUGCAGUGUUUCGUUCCUGCCGCACAUGUCUGGUGCAAACGGCCGACUAUGCACGGCCGAGUCGGCAUGGAGAAUGCAUUCUCAGGACCGAACGCGAGACAAUUGCACAGAUGGAGCAGCUAAAAGAAAGUACAUGCGCUGCAGCUCGAAGUAAGCUGUCCAAGGAGUUUGGAAUAAAUGGAGAGUCCAUGUUGACCUCUAUUCCUUUUUUUCUUUUGACAAAAGACAUUUUGUAUGAUCCAAUGCAUGUUUUACUAGAGGGGAUUGUACCGAAAGAAAUAGCACUUUUUUUGAAAACUGCGGUGAAAGAGAAAGCCUGGUUUUCUCGCAAAGAAUUGAAUGACGCCCUAAGUACGUUCAGUUUUCAUCGAGCGGUAAGCACCAGUGACCAGCCGAGGAUGUUUGAGCGGGAUCUAACUGUUACUUCUGCGAGUGCAUCGCUGGUGCUAAUCCUGCACCUUCCCUUGAUUCUGGCAUCUUUUUUGCCCAAAAAUUCAAUGCGUGUGCGCAGCCUUGUCCGGUUAGCGCAGAUUACUCAAAUAAUACUGUCUCCGGUUUUGACAGCAGAGGCUGUUGGCGCCUUACAGGAACUGAUUGCUGACCAACAGGAAAUGUUCUUAAAAUGCUAUGAAGGGGAAGCAAUGUUACCCAAGCUACACAUGCUUCUGCACAUUGCCGAACAAAUUAAAACCCCCCGCCCGGGCCGCCAUCACUGGACUAUGCGAUUGGAAGCGAAGAAUGCUCUCCCUAAGUCAAACAAAAUUUGUUAUUUCAAGAACUUGCCGUUAUCUGCCAGUGGUUUCCUUCAGACAAAUACAUCACAUGCUCUUUGGAACGACGAUCAUACUCCAAGGACAGGGUAUGCUACUAAUAAAUUAAGCUUAGUCCGUGAUGCUCCCUAUGUCCUCGAUGAAAAACUUUGUGAAGAUGGACUGCCUCGUUGUGAUGCCGACAAGGUUGCCCUCUGCGUUGAAUGUUUGAGCGCAUGGAACGUAACGCUGAGAGUGAGUGACGAAGUUCUCAGUGGUACAGCCAAUCGGAACCCAUGCUUUUGUAGAAUAUUCAACAUAGUUUCCUUUGAAGCUCAUAUAUUUUUAUUAUUCAAGGUACAGAGCAACAUGGCGUUGUGAAAGAAGUUAACGCAUUUUUGGGGAAGGGGACUUGUCACGAAACUGUAACUACUCCUGCCAGCUCGGUGCUUCCGUGGCCUGUGUUCGUGUACGAAACGGAUAAGGAAUAUUUAAUUCCCCAAAGUAUCUACACUGCUUCCCACAUAGAUUCACUAGAAUAACAGAAGUUCGCCGUGCACAGUUGGAUAAAUAUCUCCAGUCACUGUAGAAGAAUACCGCUAUGCAAAACAAUACAACCAUGUAUAAAAAUUGAUAGAUUUUGCUGUCAGCUUUGGUAUGUCGAGUUCCGUACUCUUUGUUAUUUCAUUGGAGCGCAUGAUAUUUUUUGUGGUUAUUGCGUGAUAUACAUGUGCGGUUAUACGAUGUUAUACAGCUGCAGAUGCUUGGAGAAAGGAACCAAUUGUGUAAAAUUUCAGCUGCUUCUACUUAACAUAGCAAUUUCGUGAUUGUUUAAAGGAGGAAAAUAAUGUUUCGAUGUGUUGUUUUUGCAUGCUCAAAAAACUACGAGAUGUCUAGCCUCGCGUCCGAGGCUUGAACACAUGUCUCUUGACGACAUGAGUCGCAGCGGUGCUAUAUUUCUUGUGCAAAGGAAAUUGUUGUUAAUGAAGAUGAGACAUGUUAUC